AUAAGCGAUGGUAUACAUAUAUCGAGUGGACGGCGCGCCUUCAGACGUUCUUAGUCCAGUCAGCUGGUUACUCUCCUGUCAUCGGAAACUCUCAAGACGCUGAGGCAAUGAGUAUCACGAGGCGUUUGGCAUGGAUGGUUCCUCUCGUCGCCGUCCUGGGUUCGACUCUGGUAUCCUCCUGGUCCUUCCCCGCCCCGUUGGUCGACCUUUAUCACUCCUGGUUCCUGUCCCCAGCGCCCCCGCCGCCGCCGCAAGGAGAGGACACAACCCCAGGUCCUCCCACUCCCGCAGAGACAACAACUCCCUUGAAGUCGACGCCUCCUUCAGCCUCCCGACGAGAGCGGUGGCGGAGGGCGGGCAAAGGAGAGGCUGAGGCUCAGGACGAAGGAGCUUGCGGAGCGGAUCUGAGGGGGAGGAUCCUGCUUAGGCUAUAUAUAUGA